GCUGAGCUCACUUCACACUGAGAGCCACACUGAGAGCAGCUGUUCAGCUCGUCACCUUCAUCUCUAAUCAAUUCAUCUUCACCUCCAUCCUCCUCACCCGCCCUCCUCAUGGCUGCCGCCUCCAGGUCCUCCCAGACGGCGAAGAACGUGGUGAUCGCCCUGCUGACGCUCUGGUCCAUCAUCUCGCUCAUCAUCAUCGUGGUGUGGGCGACGUCUCCGGACCUGAAGAGCUCUGCUAAAUGCCGCGCCGAGCUGCAGGAGGUGACAGAGAAGAUGGAGGGGGCCAAGGUGGUGUGGAACAAGAACAAGGUGGCCCUGGAGGAGAUGGUGGAGGCGGGGAGGGAGGUGCAAGACCGCCAGGGAGCCCAGAUCCUGCUGCUGCUGGAUCGCCUCAACGCCACCAACGCCACACUGGAGAAGUGCCGGCAGAAAAACGUCGUCCUGAACGGGAACAUCAGCGUCCUGCAGGAGACCGUCGAGCAGCUCCGUCUGACGGAGGCCAACCUCACCAUACAGCUCAGCCAGCAGGAAGAUCUCAUCGAGACCCUCCAGCAGAACAUGACCCAGAUCGUCCAUGAGACAGAGUCCUGCAUCAGUCUGAAGGCCGCUGCUGAGUCAGAUGUUGGCUGCUCAGAGUCAGACCAAAGGCUGUGAGUCCAGGAAGCAGUACCUGCAGAAACAGCUUCAGAAGUGUAAAGAUGUGGACGCUGAAGCUCCUCAGCAGAUGCAGCCGAAGGAAGACUCCGACGACGACCUCCCCUCCGUCGCCUCGCCCC